GGGAUGCCUGAACGUAAAGGUAGCGAUAAAGAUGCUGAAGGUAUGCAAACUCUAUUGGUAAAACUAGGCUACAAAGUAGCAAUGGGCAACAAUUUGAGUGCAGCUCAAAUGAAAGAUGUAUUACAACGAUGGGCCGCCAGGGAUCAUAGUACUUGUGAUAGCUUCGUAUGCGUGUUAUUAAGCCAUGGCGAGCAAGGUAAAAUAUUUGGCACUGAUACCGACGUGGAUAUCGAAGAAUUACUUGGACUGUUUAGAGGUAAUCGUUGCGCUUCACUGGCUGGAAAGCCAAAGUUAUUUUUUAUUCAAGCUUGUCGUGGUACAAACUUUGAUGAAGCUGUCGACAACGAUGAAGUUGAUGCUAAAACUCGACAAACAUUACCAUCUGAAGCAGAUUUUUUAAUUGCCUAUUCGGUUGUUCCAGGUUAUUAUUCUUGGAGAAAUUCUACAAAUGGCUCUUGGUUUAUGCAAGCAGUUAUUGACAUUUUUACUAAAUAUUAUAAGCAACUGGAUCUUAUAACAAUGUUAACUAUUGUUAAUAAUUCAGUUGCAACGGUCGAAUCUUCAACAAGUGAUCCGAGAUUCAAUAAUAAAAAGCAGAUCCCUAGCUGUGUUAACAUGCUACGUAAGCUAGUCUACUUU